GUAACUUUUGCUGACCUUCCCCUCUGUGUGGGACAAUAUUUAUUUUUUUAACAUUUUCUUAGAUCUUGUUAUUUGGCGUUUAAAUAUUCAAAGUCUCACAAACAGACCCCACUUUAAGUGGAAGAGCAGGCUGCAAUGAGGCUCCUAAUCACAUUGCUUCUUUGCUCUCAUAUUUUUAUAGUAUCUGCUAAUAAGGAUUCCCCUGUCGCAGAUUGUAAUGACCCCAUUAUAUUUUCAGCUGUAGAUUUAGCAUUGAGGAGCUACAAUGCUCAAAAAAAUGAGGGAAAUCAAUUUGUUCUCUACAGAAUUGAAGACGCCCAGAUAAAGCAUGAAAAUGACAGACUAAUAAACCAGUUUGUCAGUUACGGUAUACGCGAAGGCUCCUGCGGUGUGAAAAGUGGAAAAGUGUGGCAAGAUUGUGACUUUGGUACAUCUGACAUAGGAUUCAGUAAGUGUUCAGCCCAUGUUCUUGUCAAUAAAGAGCUGGGGAGCACUGAAGUUGUCUCACAGAACUGCAGUGAACCAAUAGUGGAAACUUCAGUGAAGGUUGUCCAUCAGCCCUGCCUUGGAUGUUUCCAAUCUGUUGACGCCAACAAUAAGGAGCUGUUGCCCAUAGUAAAGGCCGCUGUUGAGAAGAUGAACAGCAAUGGAAACCACCCCUAUCUCUUUGAUCUUGAUAAUAUUCAGUCAGCUGUAGUCCAGGUUGUUGCCGGGUGGAAUUACAAAAUUGCUUAUGGUGUCAGACAAACAAAUUGUUCCAAAAGUUCUUUUACUACAGUUGCCUCGGAGGAAUGCAAAGUUGAUAAUGAUGGGCAAACAGGAAGCUGUACAGCUGACGUGUUCGUGACGCCUAAUGAAGUAAUCCAAGACAUUUUAUUAAAUUGCAAAUCAAUUACUGGUUUUUGUCUUAACUGCCCUAAUCAAAUUGAACCCAAUGAUCCUUUUCUAUUGAACUUGUUGAACGAUGUCAUUGAUAAAUAUAACUCUGAGAGCAACCAGACCAAUCUCUUCAAGACUUUAAACGUGGUGUAUGCUGAAAAAAAGAUUUCAGAUGAAAUAAUCUACUUAGUGGAAUUUAAACUUCAAGAGACCAACUGUUCCAAGACUGAUUAUAGAGUUCUGGAGGAAGAGUGUCAUGCCUCACCAGUUCCGGAAAUAAUCAGCUGUGAAGCUACUAUAAAUGCGACAGGGAAAAAUAUCCAGUCCACAAAUCAAUGUCUAAAGGGUCAAAAACAGAACACAGGGCGUAUAACAUUAAAGGGUUUUUCACCUCUCCGCAUGGGUCGCUUACCAGAUGGGGUUUUAGUUCGUCCUGCACGGGGAGCAGACAAAUUCCAAAAACCCUCAUCACAUCAUAAAGAAAAUAAAGGACACGAACAUGGGAAAAAAGACAAUAAGAAAAAUAAAGAUAAACGGAAGAAAAAACAGGGUCACGAUAAGGAUGAUUCAUCCGAAGAAUCUAGAGAAGACCAAAGAAAGAAAGAUCAUGUUAUAGAUAAACCAUUCUUCCCUAAAAAGCAUGUUCCAGACACAACUACUCAACAAACAGUUCGCUUCUCAACAACACAUUCAUUGAGUUUAGAUGACUCUGAACUGGUUUUACCAUCAUUAAAGGAGACCACUGAUGUACCACUGUUUCCUUUACUACCCCCACUGCCAGACGAUCAAGGAAAAUUCCCAAAUAUCCAUGAAGAUAUUUCAUUUGAUCUGCCAUCAGUAUGGGAGACCAUUGACUCCCCACUGUUUCCAUUACUACCUGCACUGCCAGAUGAUCAAGGAAACUUUCUAAAUAUCCAUGAAGACAUUUCACUUGAUCUGCCAGAGCCAGAACCAGAACCUGUAGCAAAAUGUCCCGGUAAAGUUUGGGAACCAAAAAGGUUACUUUCUACAUUGAAACCAACAGAUAAAAAAUCCAAUUCUGUUCCAGAUCCGCCACUUGAUCUAGAUGACUCUUUGUUUUCAUUACUAGAUUUCUAAAAUGUUCAUAUCAACUGGCUAAAAGUCAAAUUAAAUUAUAUUCAAACAUACAUUUUAUAAGUGAAUACAAACAUAUAGAACUAAAACUACUAUACUAUCAUAUACAUUUGCAACAUAGUUAUCGUUUGCUGCAGAAUGUUAAAAUAUCACGCAUUAUCUCAUGAACUGGAAAAAAUGUGUACUUUAUUUGGAUAUUGCUCCAAUAAAAGGUUCCAAAUGAUA